AUGAACGUAGCGACACCAACCAAGGUGUUACCAUUGAUGGAAGUGCCAGGCUUCCGACCACGGGCUUCCCAGCACUUUGCGGACUGCCAGAUGAUCUGGGAGCAAAUCCUACCGGAUCAUAUCUGGGCGGAGAUCCCCGAUGCCCCAUGGACUCCCGAGAACCCACUCUCACCCAGACCGGCAACCAGAUCUAAGCCGAAGGCGUCAGCGACUCCAGCGCCCUCGGACUCCGUCAAACAGGCACCCAAAUACACAGCAACUCCAACGGCGUCGGUCAGAGACACACCCACGCGAGAAGAAAGCACCAGCACUGGUAUCCACUCCGCUGCCGUGGCCAUGGCUACAUCCGGGGUUGCAGCACAGAAGGCCGAGAUUGACGCAAUCAUCACUGCACAAUGGCCGCGACGGCAGCCUCAAAGCGAAUGGGUAUAUGGUGCCUGGGUGUCGGGGGUCGCGCCAUGGGUCGCAGAAGACGUCGGAGGCAUGGGAUGUGGUUGA